AUGCCGCCGAAGUAUACAAUGUCUACAAUGUCCGAUUCUGAGUCUGAAGCUGAGGGUAAGGCGCUCAACAUUACCUCUGACCAGAUCCUUGAGAAGACACUUCGCGACCAGGUGGCUGCAAUCUUUAAGUCGGGAAACAUGGAGGAAUUGACCGUGAAGCGCGUACGACUCGCCGCGGAAGAUAUACUAGGUCUCACAGCGGGGUACUUUAAGUCUACAGGUGACUGGAAAGCACGGAGUGAGAAUAUAAUCAAGGAUGAGGUGGAAAUACAAGACCAGGCGGUACAAAAUCAACAAUCCCAAGCACCUGAAAAGUCCCCUUCUCCUCCCCCGAAGGCCAAGUCCAGUGCCCUUGCGAAGCGAGCAAAAUCAGAGACGAUGCCAAAGCCUAGGAAACGCCAGAAGACUAAGACGCCGGUGUCCGAUGAGGAAGAGGAGCUAUCAGUCCCGUCUGACGAGAGUGAUGGGGUCACAAAGCCCAAGAAACGAUCGAAAGCGCCAGUCAAUAAGGCACCAGUGAAGGUCUCCGUACAGAAACCCAAGAAAGAUAUGUCAGAUGCUUCUGAUUUCUCUGGUGAUGAGAGUGACGAGGUCACAAUGCCCAAGAAACGAUCGAAAGCGCCAGUUAAGAAGUCGCCAGCGAAGAAGCCCUCCGUACACAACCUCAUGAAAGAUGUAUCAGACGCUUCCGAUGUUCCCAAUGACACUUCAGAUGCCGCCAGAGAGACCAGGGAUACCAAGGAUGAUUCCGAAAGCGAGAUGUCGGUUGUGCUUGACGAAGAGCCUCAGCCCAAGGCCCCACGCAAGCGACAGAAGAGUGCCGGGGGAACUGCGACCAAGACCAAGAAGAAAGCUCCCAAAGCCAAGGAUGAGGAUAUCAGCCCGGACCAGGCUGAAAUCAGACGGCUGCAAGGAUGGCUUGUCAAAUGCGGAAUCCGUAAGCUGUGGGGUAAAGAACUGGCGCCAUAUGAUACCCCCAAAGCCAAAAUCAAGCACCUCAAGAAGAUGCUGGAGGAUGCUGGAAUGACUGGUCGACCAUCUCAAGAGAAGGCAAACCAGAUCCGCGAAGAACGGGAGUUGAAAGCGGAUCUAGAGCAGAUCCAAGAAGGUGCAAAACAAUGGGGUGCCAAGAGUGACGAGGAGGAUGAGGAUGCGAAGCCUCGGCGUAGGCUGGCUCGCGGGCGACAGUCGCUUGCAUUCUUAGAGAGUGAUGGCGAAGAGACUGAUUGA